GGGAGGGGAAAGGAGCCGCUGGUCCGGUUAACACAGGCUGAAAGUGCUGCCGUGACACUCGGCCCUCCAGUGUUGCGGAGAGGCAAGAGCGGCGCACGGCACCUGUCCGCCGAGAGCCGGAGCCGGCGCCUGGGCGGCCGUAGAAAAGGAGGGACCGCCGAGGUGCGCGUCAGUCCUGCUCAGCCCGGCGACAGGACGCGGGAAGCAAUGUGGACUGUGUAGAGAUGAGCGAGACUUAUCUCCGAUGUUGGAUUUGUGCUUGGAAAAGCUUGUGGGUACGACCUUGGCUGCCCCGAAGUGUAGCUCCAACGCUGUGAGGAUUCAAGGGUUGGCAGAGGGGACCAUGAAAAUGGACAUGGAGGACGCAGAUAUGACUCUGUGGACAGAGGCCGAGUUUGAAGAGAAGUGUACAUACAUUGUGAACGACCACCCCUGGGAUUCUGGCAUCGACGGAGGAACUUCAGUUCAGGCAGAGGCAUCCUUGCCUAGGAAUCUGCUUUUCAAAUAUGCCACCAGCAGCAAAGAGGUUAUUGGAGUGGUGAGUAAAGAAUACAUACCAAAGGGAACACGUUUUGGACCACUAAUAGGUGAAAUCUACACCAGUGAUACUGUUCCCAAGAACGCAAACAGGAAAUAUUUCUGGCGGAUCUAUUCCAGGGGGGAGCUUCACCACUUCAUCGAUGGCUUUAAUGAGGAGAAAAGCAACUGGAUGCGCUAUGUGAAUCCUGCGCAUUCUGCCCGGGAGCAAAACCUGGCUGCGUGUCAGAACGGGAUGAACAUCUACUUCUACACCAUUAAGCCCAUCCCUGCCAACCAGGAACUUCUUGUGUGGUAUUGUCGGGACUUUGCAGAAAGGCUUCACUACCCUUAUCCCGGAGAGCUGACAAUGAUGAAUCUCACACAAACACAGAACAAUCCAAAGCAACCGAGCACUGAGAAAAGUGAACUUUGCCCUAAAAAUGUCCCAAAGAGAGAGUACAGUGUGAAAGAAAUCCUAAAAUUGGACUCCAGCUCCUCCAAAGGAAGGGACUUGUACCAUUCCAACGUUUCAUCCCUCACUUCAGAAAAGGACAUGGAUGACUUCAGGAAAGAUGGUAGCCCCGAAAUGCCCUUCUAUCCUCGAGUUGUUUACCCAAUCCGAGCCCCUCUACCAGAAGACUUUUUGAAAGCGUCCCUAGCCUAUAGGAUGGAGAGACCGACUUACAUUACUCACUCCCCUAUUCAGUCCUCCACAACUCCAAGUCCCUCAGCAAGAAGCAGCCCUGACCAAAGCCUGAAAAGUUCCAGUCCUCACAGCAGCCCGGGGAAUACCGUGUCACCUCUGGCUCCUGGCUGUCAAGAACAUCGGGACUCGUACCCUUACUUGAAUGCACCCUAUGGCACAGAAGGCUUGGGCUCUUACCCUGGAUACGCACCUCCCCCCCACCUCCCACCAGCUUUCAUCCCCUCUUACAGUGCCCACUACCCCAAGUUCCUUUUACCCCCGUAUGGCAUAAAUUGUAAUGGCCUGAGUGCUAUGAGUAACGUAAACGGCAUCAACAACUUUGGCCUCUUCCCGAGGUUGUACCCUGUCUACAGUAACCUCCUGAGUGGCGGCAACCUGCCUCACCCCACACUCAACCCCGCUUCUCUCCCAAGCUCGCUGCCCUCGGAAGGAGCCCGGAGGUUGCUUCAGCCAGAACAUCCCAGAGAUGUGCUUGUCCCGGCGCCUCACAGUGCCUUUUCCCUCACCGGGGCUGCCGCCAGCAUGAAGGACAAGGCAUGUAGCCCCACGAGCGGGUCUCCAACAGCGGGCACAGCCGCCACGUCAGAGCACGUGGUACAACCCAAAGCUACCUCAGCAGCCAUGGCAGCCCCCAGCAGCGAUGAAGCCAUGAAUCUCAUUAAGAACAAAAGAAACAUGACUGGCUAUAAGACACUUCCCUAUCCACUGAAGAAGCAGAAUGGCAAGAUUAAGUAUGAAUGCAACGUUUGCGCCAAGACUUUUGGCCAGCUCUCAAAUCUGAAGGUCCACCUCCGAGUGCACAGUGGAGAACGGCCUUUCAAGUGUCAGACUUGCAACAAGGGCUUUACUCAGCUUGCCCACCUGCAGAAACACUACCUGGUACACACGGGAGAAAAGCCACAUGAAUGCCAGGUUUGCCACAAACGAUUUAGCAGCACCAGCAAUCUCAAAACCCACCUGCGCCUCCACUCGGGAGAGAAACCUUACCAGUGCAAGGUGUGCCCUGCCAAGUUCACCCAGUUUGUGCACCUGAAACUCCACAAGCGCCUACACACCCGGGAGCGGCCCCACAAGUGUGCCCAGUGCCACAAGAGCUACAUCCACCUCUGCAGCCUCAAGGUCCACCUGAAGGGAAACUGCCCUGUGGCCCCAGCCACCGGGCUGCCCUUGGAGGACCUGACUCGCAUCAACGAAGAGAUUGAGAAGUUUGACAUCAGUGACAAUGCCGACCGGCUUGAGGACAUGGAGGACAACAUUGAUGUGACCUCUGUGGUGGAGAAGGAAAUUCUGGCCAUGGUCAGAAAAGAGGAGGAAGACACUGGCCUCAAAGUUUCUUUGCAAAGAAACAUGGGGAAUGGACUCCUCUCCUCAGGGUGUAACCUUUAUGAAUCAUCAGAGCCGGCCCUCAUGAAGUUGCCUCACAGUCACCCACUACCUCUGGUACCUGUAAAGGUCAAACAAGAAACAGUUGAACCAAUGGAUCCUUAAGAUUUUCAGAAAGUGAAAAGUGUUUUGUUUUAACUUAUGACUUGGCGAGUCAGGGUGCCUGUAGCAAAUUGCUUGUACAUAUUUCCAGUUCUGCGAAGCUCUCCUGACAGCAGAUGUGAGGGAAACCUCACCUCUCUGGAAUUAAAGAAGGAACUCCAAAGUUACUGAAUUCUCAGGGCAUAAACGAGGCAAAGACUAUAUAUAUAUAUAUAUAUAUAUAUGUAUAUAUAUGUAUAUAUAUAUGUGUGUAUGUAUUAUAUAUACUUAUUUACACCCACAUCAAUAUAUUUGAACUUGUGUAUUUUGAGUAUGUGUGUGGAUAUUUUGCAUAGCCUUCCCAUUAAUAAGACUAUUGCCUAGCCAUAAUUAUUUUUUCAAUGAUAAUACUUCAUAAUUUAUUAUGCAAUUUAUCGUUCAGAAAGCAAUAAUUAAAAAAGUUUACAAUGACUGGAAGAAUUCCUUGAAUUUGAGUAUAAAUGUUAUAUUUUCGUCUUGUGGCCAUUCUUUGUAGAUAAUUUCUGCACAUCUGCUUUAAGUACCUAAGAUUUAGCAAACAAAUACAUUACUUCAGUCAACAUUCCCUCUACAAUGUUUGAAAAUGAGGUUUUGAUAUUGCCAAAGUUAGGUAGGCAGUUAAUGUGUUAAUGCAAAGGAUCAUAUUAUUUGAAUGGCACUGUAUAACUUGGGGGUAUGUGUGCAGCAUUACUCAAUAAUAACUUGAGUAGAAGAAACAAGAAAAGAAAUCUUGUAUGUUUCUGUAGAUCAUUCUGAUUUUUUUCCCCCCUAGUCACAAUUUUACCCAGAAAGGUGACAGGAAGGCUUUGCCAACCUGCCUCUCUCUCCAAAAAGCAGGGUCUCCCCACAUCCCUAGAGUCACGUGACCAUUCAGAGUGGCCACAUGGUUUUUGCAUUCCAAUGUAUUAUCUAAAAAUGUGAAGAAGACACAACGCCAUGUUUAAAACCACUGCGAAACUUUCCCAAAGCACAGGUGGUUUUGUGUGUGUGAGGUUUGGGGGCUUGAGUCUGGGUGUUGUUUUUGUUGUUGGUUAUUUUAUGUCAAAAUUGCACAGACAUGGUGCUCUACCAGGAAGGAGUUUGAGGUAGAUGGAAGGAGUUUGAGGUAGAUAGGCUCAGGCCACACUUAAAAAAAAAAAACAAAAACAGAAAAACGGGUAUUCUCGUCUUAGGGUAAAAGCGGGUAAUGAACAUUCCUAUCCCCAACACAUCAAUUUUAUUUUUUUCUGUAAAACUGUCCUCAGUAUUUGUGUUUUUACAUUUAUGGUUAAUUUAAUUGAAGAUGAAAGGGCAUUGCAAAGUUGUUCAACAACAGUUACCUCAUUGAGUAUGUCCAGUAGUGCAGGAAAUGGUGUCUUAUCUAAUGACUUGCUACACUCGAGAAGAAACCCCAGUGUACUCCCAAAAGAUAAAAUGUAUGUCAUUUUAUCUUUUAUUCUGCUAAACCCAAAGAUUACAUGUUGGCAUUCAAGGUGUAGCAAAGAAUGAUGUAUAUUUAUAAAUCUAUUUAUACCACUAUACCAUGUGUAUAUAUAUUUAUAACCACUUAAAUUGUGAGCCAAACCAUGUAAAAGAACCUACUUUUCCUAAGGGCAAAAAAAAAAAGACCUUUUCUGAGACUUUGCUUAACACUCGAUGACCUCAAAAUCACAUUGGUGUGCUUGGGCCUUGAUCGCAACAUUGGUGCAAAGGUGGGGACCGCAUAACAACCAGGGAGACAGAGAUAAACGAAUAGUUUUUUACUAGUAAAGGACAAUCUAAAACAGCUUUAUCUUUGUUUUGCCACAUUGUGAUUAUGUGGUCACACCCAAGUCACAGAAAUAAAAAUCCUUUUAUUUACUCUGUUUGCCACCAUAAUUUCUCUCUUCCUCUCCCCUCUAAAUACUGAUACAUCACUAAUAAAUCCAUUUUAUAUAUUCAGCGUUUUGUUGAUGACAAUGUCAAGCUGCAGAAUAGAACAAAUUUAGGAUAAUCUGGGGAAACCUAAGAGCCUUACUGAUCUGUUCCUUUAAAUAGCAAGACUGACAAAUUCUUACGUAUCAGUGUUUGACAGGCGUAGUUCUUAAUCGUAAGUAAACCAAAGCAUCGCUACCCUGACAUCGACACCAAAUACUCUCUAUUCUCAACCACUCAUUUGUUCUCUUUUCCUUUUGUGCUUUCUCAUAUUUGAAGAUUUUUACAAUGAUGUGCUUGAGACGUCCUGCUUCUCUUUGUUUCAUGUCUUGACUUUCCCUCUUAGGCCUCUUACAUGUGAAUGUUGACCCCGCAAGCAACAGUGGUUUUGUUUUUUUCCUCUACUCAAAGUUAAAACUGACCAAAGUUACUGGCUUUUUACUUUGCUAGAACAACAAACUAUCUUAUGUUUACGUACUGGUUUACAUUGUUAUUUAUGUGCAAAUUGUCAAAAUGUAAAUUAAAUAUAAAUGUUCAUGCUUUACCAAUGCUUGUCUAGUGUCUUGAGUGAGGGGCCAGUGAGUGACAUCUUACCCAUACUGUAAGGGUGGUCCUAGAACAAAAUUCGGACACAAUACAAUUUGUUUCCACCCUGUUUCCCUUUCUGUUUCCAGUAACCAGCAAUGAUCCCAACCUCCACCGC